GCCUCAUUUCUAUCCCGCCUUUGGCUCAGAUGCCUCAUUUACACUUCGGCUUUCAAAGGAUAAAGAUAUCGAGGCUUUAGCUUCAGCCAUAGAUUUUACUACAUGUAACUGGUAAUGUAAUGUAAUUGUAAACGAAAUCAUGAAGAUUAAGUGCGUUGCUACCGUGUUUUUUACGUUAAUUUAUUAUCAUUAUACAUUUACAAUUAAUAAAUCAGCGAUAAGUAACUUAGUUGCUGGAAGUGAAUCGGUUCUGGAUCCCAAAGGCGAGAUCACACUAAAAUGGAGGGUAGACUAUGCGGCUCGCAAACUUAGAUUUUGUCUGGAGUUUUCUAAGAAGGCGCCCUCCAUCAAUUGGUUUGCGCUUGGUUUUUCCGAUCGAGGUGACUUGGAAAACUCCGACGUAUGCUUGGUUUGGACUGAUUACACAGGGCGUGACCAUUUUGAGGAUAUGCAUGCAGAUGGUAACGGGAGAUUGUUGCGAGACGUCCAUCAGAACUGCGAAGGCUUUCACGUUGACUUAAAAAGCAGGAGCGUGGUAUUCGAACGUGACUUCGACACGUGCGAUCACGAUGACUACUUGAUUGAGGAUGGCACAGUCCACGUUAUCUGGGCCCGAGGGAUCGACAAGCUGUUUUCAUCCAAAGGCCUGUGUAUAUCGUGCACAUCGCCCCACGACCGCGGCUUCAUUCGCGUCCGGUUACUAACUCCGCCGUCAGCACCUCAACAGCCCGGCGAGAAACUUCGCAUCACCAACAGCGUGCUCAAGGUGCCCGGCGGAGACACCACCUACUGGUGCAAGGUGGUGCGUCUGCCGGACUACGUCGCUGACAAUGAACAUCACAUUAUCAAGUUCGAAUCGACAAUUACGAAGGGUAACGAAGGCUUGGUACAUCACAUGGAAGUGUUCUACUGCGAUGCAGAUCCUAACGAGGAUGUUCCAUUGUACGAGGGUAAUUGCUUCGAUCCUAAACGACCGGAGUCCACAAAAUUGUGUUCUAAAGUAAAAGCUGCGUGGGCGAUGGGCGCACCUCCUUUUGCGUAUCCCGAUGAAGCUGGGUUGCCGUUGGGGGGACCCAAAGCGAACAAAUAUGUAAUGCUCGAAGUGCAUUACAACAACCCUGAGUUGCGGAAUGAUUGGGUAGACAGUUCGGGCAUCGUGCUGCAUAUAACCGCAAACAAGCGCAAAUACGACGCAGCGAUCAUGGAGCUCGGCUUGGAGUACACGGACAAAAUGGCGAUUCCUGGAGGACAGGAGGCGUUCCCUCUCACAGGAUACUGCAUACCGCAGUGCACGGGAGUGGGUCUUCCGGAAGAGGGCAUUACAGUGUUCGGCAGUCAGCUGCACACGCAUCUGACGGGCGUGGCGGUGUGGACGCGACACGCGCGCCGCGGCGUUGAGCUUCCCCUGCUCAACAGGGACACGCACUACUCUACGCACUUCCAGGAGAUCAGGAUAUUGCGCCGUCCUGUCAAAGUGUUACCGGGGGACUACUUAGAGACGACCUGCGUGUACAACACCGUGGGCAAACAGAACGCGACCAUCGGCGGGCACGCCAUCACGGACGAGAUGUGCGUCAACUACCUGCACUACUACCCCGCCACGCAGCUGGAGGUGUGCAAGAGCGCCGUCUCCAACGCCGCGCUCGAGGACUACUUCGACUUUGAGGAACGAUGGGACAACAUAUCGAUAGAGCCGACCGCGGCGCCGCGAGCCAACUACCUGGCGAUCGCGCCGUGGACGCCGCUGCGGGCCAAGGCUCUGCACACGCUGUACACAGAAUCCCCCAUCUCCAUGCAGUGCAACAAGUCCGACGGGAACCGAUUUCAGGGCGACUGGGAAGGGAUCCGUGUGCCGAAAAUUAAACUCCCCUUGCCAGAGGAACCAAGAAUGUGCCCUGAACAUUACAAUUCUAUGAAAAAAUAAUUAUUCUAUUUUAAUCUACUACAUAAUUCAAUAAUCAAAACUAAUAAUUGCGUAUAUUAAUAUUAAAUUUCACAUAGAAUGUGAAAUGUGGGUGAUAAAUAAAUAAUACCUACAAGUCUUAAAUGUAUAAUAAAUUAUAUCUUUGUUGUUAAGAGAUAGAAAUGGAAACAUAAUGUAAAUAAAUAAAGAUAAUAAAGUUUACUU